UAAAGAAAUGCUUAAUUCCAUCAUCAAUUUCUCCUCCUAAUUAGAGCAACCCACCAGACCCCAAAUGUUUGCCUAUUCACCCAAGCUGAAAGGGGGAACUCUCACUCUUGAAAAAUACAGCAAACAGCCUAAGGCCCUGUGGUCUGAAGUCAACAAGCAGAAGGUGGUGACAGAGGAGCUGUCUGCUGGUCUCUGCUAACAGUGAAGGGAGCUGACUGAAGUGGGCAAGACAUUUCUCUGCCUACACUUGGCAGGUGCUGGGUGUCAGAUACUCCAUAGGGACUGGCAGGGACAUUCUCCAUGUCUGGAUAACAGAUUAUUACUUGGAAAACUUUCCCAAGAAGAUCCAAUCUGGAGAAUUGCAGUUAGUGACUGUGAAGUGGAUCUGGCCCAGCCCGGCUCCUGUAAACACUCAGUUCAGGCCCCAGGGAGGAAAGAAGGUGUGAGGGGGAGAGGGAGAGACCGGCAUCCUGCAGCAGAGGUUUCAUGAUGGCCGAGUUGAGCACAGUGUCCCUUCCCCCAACAUUGUUUGGCCUAGUUUAUGAAGUGGAAUAUAACGAGACUGGAUGCCCACUGGCUGAUGCACCACCAGGAAUCUACAGCAUCACUGUGCUCAUCUGCCUGUUCGGGCUGGUGAGGAACAGGAUCGUGCUCUGGUUCCACGGCUUCCACAUUAAGAGUGUCGAGGACUUGAACCCCAGACAGCACGGUUCGUUGUUUGACCAGAGAGAGACAGGCAACACCCGCAAGUUCGGAGAUGUGUGCGGUAUACUACAGGUGGUUCUAACCAAGCCAAGUAGCAGGAUCCACUCCAUGAAGGAGGGAGGGCUAGUUUUCACUUCAGCGGUCUACAUCCUCAACCUGGCUGUCUCCGACACCUGCUUCCUCUUCUGCUCGACUACGUAUCUCAUAGCUUAUGUGGUGGAAUAUCCGUUUUGUGUGAAGGUUGUUUUUAUUUUCAUAAUGUUGCUAUUUAGCAUGCUGGCUCUGUCGACGUACAGCACCAGCCUGUACCUCCUGAUGGCCAUCAGCACUGAGAGGUGUCUCUCUGUCCUCUACCCCAUCUGGCACCGAUGCCGCCGGGCAAAACGCUUGUCUGCCCUUGUCUCUGCCCUGCUCUGGGCUCUCUCCAUGCUGGUGUCCUGUCCAGUGGGUGUUUUUUGUAUUGUUCUUUUAGAUGAAAACUGUGUCAAAUCCUUCCUACCCAUCUUUGUUCUGAAUGUCCUGAUAUUCACUCCCACCAUGGUUCUGUCCAGUUUGACCCUGUUCAUCAAGGUCCAAUAUAGCUCACAGCAGUGUCAGCCAGGAAAGCUCUAUGCUGUUAUCCUGCUCGCCGUCCUCUUCUUCCUCCUCUUCACUGUCCCUCAGAGUGUUCAUAUCUUCCUCUCUUAUCGUAACACAUACAAUCCCAGUGAGAUAUUUCAUGUGCUGGCCUCUGCAAGCAGCAGCACCAUCCCAUUUAUUUACUUUCUAGUCGGGAGCUAUGGGAAGCGGCGAUUCUAUGGCUCCAUCAAGGUCUCACUCCAGAGGGUUUCUGAGGAGAAGACAGAUUCCAGAGAAGACGGAGAGACCACCAGUGCAGAGCCAGUGGAGGCGGUCACUUAAAUCCAUACAGCACCCAGCCUGGGAGACCCUGUUCUGAGGAUGAAAAUUUCUCUAGAUCCCAGAAUCAAAGAACUCAGAAUGGGAAAGGACUUGGUAGGUCACUUGCUAAUUCUUCCCCAUGCCCACCCAGAGCAGAGUCCUUCCCUAGAGGAGAGCCCCAGGGUUCUGUGCAGUUGUAAAGAACAACAAUGGGUCACAUGGGGCCCAACCUGCUCCCAGUGGAAUCAGUUUGGAAAGUCCUAUUGACUUGAAUGGGAUCAGGGUCUAUUAUGGUCUGAUCUGCUUUGUUCUAAAAAUGCCUCUGACACGUAAUUUCAGUUUUGGUGGCAAGUUUUCCGUGGUGUCACCUGGUGAGUGUUAUCUCUUCUGUAAAGAAUUAGUGUUGGGGACAUCUCGCAGCCUCCCCACUUUCCCUGUAAAUAUGCUGAAUAAAAAUUCAAUGGCCUGGAGAAAUGGUGGGGGGGAAUAACAGUAGCAUGACUAGGACUGUCCCCAUGUAACUCAUUCCCCAGCCAGCUCCCUGCGCAGACACACUCCCAUGGAAGGCAGGGGAUUGUUCCGUGCAGCUCUGGACUCCCGCUGAUCCCAGCUGAUAUUUGAAUAGUUCACCUUUAUUCCAAUGGAAAUAAUACAAACCAACUAUCUACUAAUCAAAUUCAAACUCCUCUACUAAUAUUGCCAGGCACCAGUGCUCCAGAAUGACCAGGCUAACUGCCAGGUAUUGCUCUCUAACUCCUCUUUCUCUGUAUUCACCCCGGCCUUGGUGAUUUGGGGAAUGUGAGACAAUCUGGGGAAUUGAUUUACAGGGUAUAAAGUUGUUGUGAGAUGAACUCUCUGCAUGUAUCCGUAUCCGUAUCUGGCUGCAAACGUCAUUUUGAUUCUACAGCUGUUUUAUUGCCUUGCUACUGCCUCUGUACCUCCAUCUUGGACUAAAUCCCAAGGGUUGGGGGCUCAGGGAUACUGUUGUCUAACUUUGAUGGUCGUCCGUUCAAACGGAAUCCCCCUGGAAAUGGAGAUGGCUGAUGCCCAGGGCACACCCAUGUUUCAAGUGUGACUUCCAUGGGGAGGUCACUAAGCAAUAGAUCACCUGGUGGGGACUCUGAGCACCAAGGUUUCACCUGGCAAAGAAGAUGGGAGGUUGUAAAAGAGAGGGUUUGUCAGUGGCCAUUUUAGAGACUGAGAUGAGGGCACUGACUGCAGGAGAGAGAGAGUGCCUGGCUCAGAAGAUGAGCCAUGUGCAGGAUUGGGGACCCAGGACUCCCUGAGGGACUCUGACCUUCACCCAAAGCAUACACCAGCAUGGUGAGGAAAGCGAGGCAGGGAAAUGUGCCUAGAUUUCUUAUUGCUUUGUCUAGAUAUGUAUAUUUCUUGCACUAGCUAUCGUAAAGAGUGAUUGGUUUGAAACCCUUUUGCAAAGCUCGUGUGUCUGUUUGUUUCACUAUCACGACCCCCUGAGGAGGUGAACUGUAAACCCAGAGUGCUCAAAAGUUUGGCAGUCUGGGAAAGGGUGUGUCUAAGCUACUGGGGAGUCUGGGGCGGGGUCAGCACUGGUGCUGGGGGUGAGGGCUGCUGGGCCGUCUGGUCCCAUUUCUGUGAAGGGCUAACAGAAAGAGAGCCUGGGCCCAGGAAAUGUGCCAGAUAGGCCAAGGGGAGGGAAACGCUGCAGCCUACUCAGAUGCAGGGAUGCUUAAGAGCACAAGGGGCCCGUGGGACGGGACCCAAACCCAGCAGCCUGGUGAGCGUCUAGCCAGGGGAGCUUUGCUAGGGCUGGGUGGGACAAUGUGAAUAAACACUGUGUCACAGUCACUUUGCUCGGCCUGUGGCUGCUCCUUGUCUCUUGCCUGAAUGGGAGCCUUUUGCAAAGGCCCCAAUGUCCAGAAGGACCAGACCAAACGGGUUUUUAUUCCUGGGGGUGCUCGUGGCAUUUCCAGAAAGGUUCUUCUCUUCCUCCCAAAAGAACUGAAAACAAAAAUUUCAGCAGCGUCAAAACGUUUGGACAUUUUCCAAUGAAAGAGUUUUGACAUUUCAUUUUGAGGCAACAUUUCCUAAGCGAAACGUUGAUUGGAAUUGAAAGGCCAUUUCAAAAUGACAUGCGAAAAGCUGCCUUUGAUGUGACUGAAUUGGCUUUUUGAUGCAUCACUUCAGCAAGAGAUUCAAAAAAACCUUCAGUUUGGGUUAGAAACAAACUGAUUUUCUUUUCCCUGGUUUCUCGGUUUGACCACACAGAGCGGCUACAUGGACGCUCUUACAGCAGCGUAGCUGCAUCGGCAUAGCUGUGCCGCUAGAAGCUCUCCACUCGAGACAUGGCCUAAGGAUGUAGAGAAAUUGUAUGAGGUUCAACCACACUGUCUGAGGAUCAGCAGGCACUUCUGCUAUUACAGGCUGUGUCAGAAUCAUAGAAUAUCAGGGUUGGAAGGGACCUCAGGAGGUCAGCUAGUCCAAUCCCCUGCUCAAAGCAGGACCAAU